AUGUUGGCAUAUGGGCCUCUCGCUGACAUUGUAGACGAAUAUGUUCGAAUUGGUAAAAGCACUUCAGUUGAGUGCUUAGAAAUAUUUGUUAGGAGCGUGAAUGUUGUAUUUGGGGCCGAAUAUUUGAGAAAUCCUAACAACACUGAUGUUGAAGAUCUUUUACAAAUGGGAGAAUCAUGUGGCUUUCCAGGUUCAAACAAUGACAUUAAUGUGCUAAACCAAUCCAACGUGUUUAAAGAAGUUUUGAAAGGGCAUGCUCCUACUGUAAAAUAUACAAUUAAUGGGACACCAUAUAACAUGGGGUAUUAUUUAGCAGAUGACAACGACAACUCAACAACUGAAACAUUUAAUGGUCCUCAUUCGAAUCUUGCAACAAGACUACAAAUAAGAGCAAGUCCUCGUGAAAAACAAGUUCAUCGCCAACUUCAAGGAGAUCUAGUCGAGUAUAUUUGGGAACAUUUUGGACACGAGGAUGAUGAAAUUUAA